UUCAUGAAUACUUUAGCGAAACUCUGCAGACUGAGGGUUACAUUGAGUAAGAUGAAGAAAGCGCUAUUCAGACAAUGACGUACACCAACAAAAGGUUGUGAAUUUGAGUCAGACAUGCCUCUUUUAGAAUUCUUAGCUGGGAGCAUUUCAGGUGCAUUGGGACUGGCAGUUGGACAUCCAGUGGAUACCGUGAAGGUGCGCUUGCAGGCCCAUUCUGCAUACAAAGGGAUAUUUCACUGUAUAGCUAAAACAUACUCUGCUGAGGGGCUCCAUGGAUUCUUCAAAGGCAUGGCAUUUCCGGUGAUGACCACAGGUAUCAACAACUCCAUCGUCUUUGGAUCAUACAGUAAUGCCUUAGACUACCUCACUCAGUCUCAGCGCAGCGACCGAAAUCAAGGCAAAGAGCCUUCUGCUGCACAUGUCCUUGCUGCCGGAUGCUUUUCAGGCUUUGUGCAGGUGUUUGUUUGCGCACCCAUCGACCUGGUGAAGGUGCGUCUGCAGGGUCAAACAACAACUGCCCGAUACCGUGGCCCUGUUCAUUGUGUGGCCACCAUCCUGAAGGAGGAGGGUCCCAGGGGUCUGUUCAGAGGAGGGAUGGCCCUCGCCAUGAGGGACAUUCCCUGCUAUGGACUCUACUUCCUGCCUUACGAGGUCACGCGAAAGGCUCUGACUGAGAGCGGCAAAGAGCCAGGUGGGUGUCAGAGGUACAUUUGCAAUACUGAUGGCGGGCGGCGUGGCGGGCGUGGUGACCUGGGCCUUCGCCACGCCCAUGGACGUGGUCAAAGCCCGGCUCCAGAUGUCGGGGGCCGGCGGGCGGGAGUACAGCGGGGUCCUCCACUGCAUGAGAGUGAGCUUCAGAGAGGAGGGAGUGAGGGUCUUCUUCAAAGGCCUUACCCUGAACAGCCUGAGGGCCUUCCCCGUCAACGCUGUCACCUUCCUCACCUACGAGAGUUUCAUGAAACUUUUCUAUCCCCCGAAGAGAUGACCUCUCUAAAAGCCUGAAAACACUCCACCUGAACAAAAAGUGAUGAAGAUGUUCAGAUUGAGCAUCCUGUGAAUUGAGCUGCCUUAAACGAGGAUAUCAGAUUAAGCUAUCAUACUUGACAAAAUAUGAAUGUCAACAAUGCUGCGGACCGACAAGUGUUUAUUUCCAAGCAUUUUAUUCUUCCGAACUGGACACAAACAGUGAAUGAUUUUCUAAUAAAAACAAU